AGUGACUUCUUCUGACUUGAGCCUACAGCGUGCUUUGAGAAAUCUGCCACCAGAUUAUCUCGGCUUGGUCUCUGGGAACCACCCAUUAGUGACCGUCAUAAAUUGCAGGGCCCUUGAGCUGCUGGUGAUAAAAUCUGUCGUGAUCCUGCGGAAGGCUCUGUGACCCAAGACGCUGCCCGACUGUAUAUUCUGAAUCGUCGCUGCCAGGAUGGGGAAGCAGAACAGCAAACUGCGCCCGGAGGUCAUGCAGGAUUUGCUGGAAAGCACAGACUUCACAGAGCAUGAGAUCCAGGAGUGGUAUAAAGGCUUCUUGAGAGACUGCCCCAGUGGACACUUGUCAAUGGAAGAGUUUAAGAAAAUUUAUGGGAACUUUUUCCCUUACGGGGAUGCUUCCAAAUUUGCAGAGCACGUCUUCCGCACCUUCGAUGCCAAUGGCGAUGGGACGAUAGACUUUAGAGAAUUCAUCAUAGCCUUGAGCGUGACAUCGAGGGGGAAGCUGGAGCAGAAGCUGAAAUGGGCCUUCAGCAUGUAUGACCUGGAUGGGAACGGCUACAUCAGCAAGGCGGAAAUGCUAGAGAUCGUGCAGGCGAUCUAUAAGAUGGUUUCCUCUGUAAUGAAAAUGCCUGAAGAUGAGUCCACCCCAGAGAAAAGGACAGAAAAGAUCUUCCGCCAGAUGGACACCAACAGAGAUGGAAAACUGUCCCUGGAGGAGUUCAUCCGUGGGGCCAAGAGCGACCCGUCCAUAGUGCGCCUUCUGCAGUGCGACCCCAGCAGUGCCGGCCAGUUCUGAGCUCCGCACCCCCACGGAUUGUAGAGCUGCUGCUUGUGUUUGUUCCCUUUCCACCUUUCUUUUUAACAAAACUUUUUUUUUUUUUUUUUUUUUUUUGCCAAACAAUAUUGAUGGUGAUGCUGUCCCCCGUGCGGUCAGACGCACCUUCCUUCGUGCCGCCUUCAGCUUCCUCUGUUGUGGGAAUGCCCAGAGCCCCACGUGCUUGUGGAGAGCAUGGACGUGCCAUCGUGCGCGGACGGUGUGCUGUUCGUCGUUCUAUGAUGUCUCAUCAUUCCUAUUGUUAUUUUUCUUCUGAUUCCAAUGUUUCUGUUCUCAGACCGAAGACUUGGGGAGGCCAGAGGGGGCCAAGCAAUCCAGUCCCGGGAUUCUAUGGCCAGCUCCCAGGAGCUUGUUUGAAAAACAAAACUCCCCACCUGGGUCCGGAGCCACUCAUGCCCUCUGGGUGGUGGCUCCCAGGUUCCCCAGGACAGGGGACCCCCUGGGGCUGGGCUCAGAAAGGGGCCUGGAGGCCUCCACUCCACCCUCUUCCCCAGCAGGCUGUAGUGUCUAAGCUGUGAACAUUUCAAGGUAAAUUCAUAGAGAAGAGGAAAAAGAUGGCUCAGCUGUUUCUUCACAUGGUUUACACUAGUUGAGCUAAGAUGAGUUUCUUUGAAAAUUAAACACAAAUGGUAACUUACCUAACAAAACCAGACCCAUCUUGUUGCCUAUUGUGAUUUAAAAAAAAAAAAGACUGCUGUAUAUAAAAUAUUGGGUAUUGCAGACCAAAUUAAGUGUUUUGCCUUGUUUAAAUGAAAUGCAUGUUUAGUGAGCACUAAUACAAUCUUAUUACAGAAGACUGUUUUUAGUAGCUUAAUGUGAAGUAAGCCAACUAUAUUGAAUGUCUGUGUCUUGUUUUAAAGUCAUAUCUGUCUUUGCACAAAUGCACCAAUCAACAGGUAUAUUUUAUAUAUUCCAGAGAAGUUCAAAGUCACCAUGACUAGGGCCCAACCUUAAUUUUGAGUGCAUUUCCAGAGCGGUAGUGUCUACAGGAUAGAAGUAGGGCACAGUUAAGUGGGACAUGCCCAUUGGGCAUCAGAAGGUUCGUCUUUACAAGAGAUGUGAAGUCACCGUUAGCCCACUCAGCCCAGCAGCUCAAUGGAGUAGACUGGAAGUCUGGUGUUUUUCUGAGUAGAUCAAUAUGCUGUCGACCCAACAACAACAACAACAACAAAAACACAAAUUCUUGGGACUUCCCAAUGGUUUAACCCACAUGAUGAGUAAGGAGCUGUAUCUGCAGUGUUGACCUUUCCAUGCCCCGGGGCCCUUCAUAGGGUUCAAGGUUGGGCAGUGAGCUGACUCUUCAUGAAGAAGGCCUGGCCCAGAGUAUCUGUGCUUUCCAGGGCCCAUGGUGGGGAAUCCAAAAGUAUUUCCCAUCACCAUGUUCUCUGAAUGCCAAAUUCUGUUUCCAGAAGGGACAGUGCAAAUUUGAGUCACUCUGGCUGGUGACCUUCCAAUACACUAAUUGGAAUUGAAAGUUAAGAGUACAAAUUGCUGAUCUCAAGUCAGUCAGUCAUAGUUUCACAAGUAGUAGGCCUGGGGAAGUCCAAGCACUCAAGGACCCAGAUGGGGAGGACCUGCCCAGGGAGGAGGCAGAGAGAUCCCUAGUGGGUUUAUCUGCAGCCAAGCUACACCCUGUAGACCACGACCCCCAGAAAGACAAACAUAACUAUAAGGAAGAUGACGCUGAGCCCAUUGCAACUCCAGACUCUUCUUUAUUACUUCAGUCCCUUUUAAGUGGUAGCAAAAAUCUGAAUUUCCAUGGUUGACCAAAAUGAACCAACUUGCCAGGAUGAAAUUUGGAGACCCAAACAUGGUAAAAUUGUCUUCCUCUUCCGCUGAGUGUCCGUUCCUCACAACAGGUCUGUCCUGAGACUUGCCAAAUUCCUCCAUGGGCCGAGUGGUAAGAUCUGGGUUUGAAAACCAGGGAAUUAAACUAAGAGGUGGAGGGCACAGUGAGUGAGGGGCCCAGCAAACAUGCUGGCCAUGGUCAACAGUACAUCCCAUUGCCUCCCACCACUGCUCUGGCCUGAAGACCUAAUUCCCCCUUCCAGUUCCCCUUAGAAGCCUGCCUAAGCUCUACCCUCAGUAAGGACAUCUUGUUGAGCCAGACUCACCCAGUUCCCUAGAACUGAGAGCUGGAUUGAGGAGCAAGGAAGAGGGGUUCCAGCUGUUGAGGAGAGAAGACAGAGCCAGACCCAUGGCUAAUGAAUGCCGACAUGCCUGGGACAUACACAAAUAGUCUUGUCCUGGCCGGCCGCUGACCCUGUCUGUAUUUUCUCGAUGGUUAUUUUUUUUCCUUCUAUUCCUUCCCAGGAAGGGCUUUGCAUGUCUAAUCCAAUGCACUUAAAUUUGGCCAAGGGACUCUGCAGCACCCAGAAGGCUGAAUGACGAAAGGUUUAGGUCAUUCCUUUGCUGGGCUGUUCGUUGUCAUUUCUGUGGUGCGGGACCUCUGGAAACGGAGUCUGUUCUGUCUGAAAUCAAGCCAGUCUGUGAUGUUCAAGGGACUGGAAUAAAGUGGCUUAUGACUUGAAGGAUGA